UGUGGAAUUCCGUUUCCGCUUUAGGGAGUGGACGGUGAUUUUUUUUUUUUACUUCCAAACAACUUUUACUCCCCCACCAACUCGGAUAACGUUGUCUUACCUGUCCCGGAUUAAAUCAUUGUGAAGACGAUGGCUUCUUCGCCUCAGAAGUCCCCGUCCUCUCCGAAGUCUCCGACGCCCAAAUCCCCGUCCUCCAGAAAGAAAGAUGACUCUUUUCUGGGCAAACUUGGAGGAACUUUGGCAAGAAGGAAAAAGGCGAAAGAAGUGUCCGAGCUUCAGGAGGAGGGGAUAAACGCCAUCAACCUUCCUCUCAGCCCCUCCCACUAUGAGCUGGACCCCGAGGACACCAUGCUGGAGGAGAAUGAAGUGCGCACCAUGGUGGACCCCAACUCCAAGAAUGACCGCAAACUGCAGGAGCUCAUGAAGGUGUUGAUCGACUGGAUCAACGAUGUUCUGGUGGGGGAGAGGAUCAUUGUGAAGGAUCUGGCUGAAGAUCUGUACGAUGGGCAGGUCCUGCAGAAACUAUUCGAGAAGCUGGAAGGAGAGAAACUGAACGUGGCCGAGGUGACCCAGUCGGAGAUCGCUCAGAAACAGAAGCUGCAGACGGUGUUGGAGCGCAUCAACGACUCCCUCAAACUCUCCACCAGGAGCAUCCGCUGGAAUGUGGACUCGGUUCAUGCUAAGAGUAUCGUUGCCAUCCUGCACCUGCUGGUGGCGCUGUCUCAGCACUUCAGAGCUCCAAUCAGACUGCCUGACCACGUUUCCAUUCAAGUAGUGGUUGUCCAGAAAAGAGAGGGCAUCCUUCAGUCCAGACAAAUUCAAGAGGAGAUCACUGGCAACACAGAGGCUUUCUCUGGCAGGCACGAGCGUGAUGCUUUCGACACCCUGUUUGACCAUGCUCCGGAUAAGCUGAAUGUUGUCAAAAAGACAUUGAUCACUUUUGUGAACAAACACCUCAACAAGCUCAACCUGGAGGUGUCUGAAUUGGACACACAGUUUGCAGACGGUGUGUACCUGGUGCUGCUGAUGGGGCUGCUGGAGGGAUACUUUGUACCGCUCUACAACUUUUUCCUAACACCAGAGAAUUUUGACCAAAAGGUCCACAAUGUGUCCUUCUCCUUUGAGCUGAUGCAGGACGGAGGUCUGGAGAGACCAAAACCCCGACCAGAGGAUAUAGUGAACUGUGACCUUAAGUCCACGCUGCGCGUCCUCUAUAACCUCUUCACCAGGUACAGGAACGUGGACUGAGCCAAGCGUGGAAACAUUAUCUUAUGGACCACAUGUUUUUCCUUCUUUUGGUUGUAUCUUCAUUUAUCUGAAAGCAUACAUCACAUUCCUUGUUCCAUCAUUUACCACACAAAUCUGUAUUUUUGUAAUAUAUCCUUGAAAGACACAAAAUGCAUGACUUUAUAUUGUAAAUUGGACAAUGCUUUACAGUCGCAGACAUCUACAUUUUGAAGUCAUAAAUAAUUCUGUACGGAUUUUUGUCCCCCUGCAUUGAUAUCAUGAAAGGGAGAUUUAAAGAUAAGCAUCUUUUAAUUCAGAAAAGAAAAGGUUUAACUGUAUUUAUUGUACAUUUUGAUACACCUGUUUAGUCUUACUUAUCCAUGUUUGCAUCUCUGCUCUUGUUUAUGUCAUUCAUAUAAGUGCCUUUUAUUUUAAACAUGCGAACACUACAGUAUGCACUGCAUGCAUUGCUCCACUGUUGUCUUAACGUUCCAGAUUUAUUUUGCAUGUGUGGAGUGACAUUUCAAAUAUUUGACCAAAGCUCUGUUGUCCUCACUGUAAAACACAAAGGCUUUACUCCGCAGGCAAUCUCUGUCUUGUGUAUGAUUAAAGUCAACAUUCUAUUAUCACUUA